AUGUCGGUGUUGCCACAGUGCUGCCGAGUCAAUGAAGCCUUGCAACGAAUUAACUUCCUCCGAUUUCGUCACAUUUCUAGGCAAUUAUCAACUACUCCGUUGAGACAUUCAUCUAUAGCCAGUUAUUUUGCUGAACUAAAGACUCGAAGCUUGGUGCGAUCGUCGUAUCCUUCAAAUCUCGACUCUGAUUUCAAUGCGGAAUUACUAGCGUUGCCUCCUGUUGUAUAUGCUGGAUUUGAUCCAACUGCGAAGAGUCUUCACAUCGGUAAUCUAUUAGUUGUUGUGAACCUCCUGAGAAGUGCACAAUUUGGUGUACGGCCUAUUGCUGUUGUUGGUGGCGCUACUGCAGCGAUUGGUGACCCAAGUGGGAGGACUGCUGAGCGCGAGGCUCAAGACAAGGAGCAGUUAAUGGAAAAUACGAAAGCAAUCAUUGUUCAAUUGAAGAACAUUGCGAAUAAUGUUUUGACGGAGGAAAUCACUGUAGUGGACAAUAAUGAGUGGUUCAAAGAGAUGUCAGUGGUGGACUUUUUGAGAAGUUGUAAGCAGUUGCGCGUCGGGGAAAUGCUUCGAAUGGGAGCUGUGAAGGCUCGGCUAGAGGACAGUGGAAUUUCAUUCACGGAAUUCAGCUACCAGACCAUGCAGGCGUACGAUUGGGCGAUGAUGUUGAAGAAGUAUAACUGCAGGUUUCAGAUUGGUGGAUCUGACCAGCUGGGUCACUUAGAUCUUGGUGCUCACUAUAUCAAGAGGACGUGUGGAGGAACAUUCGCGGCAGGCGUCUGCUUACCCCUAGUGACAGACAGUGCUGGGAACAAGUUAGGGAAAUCAGUUGGUGGAGGUGAUGUUUGGCUUAGUGCGGAGCUCACAUCACCAUUUCACUUUUAUCAAUUUCUUCGUCAGUUGCAUGACCCAGAAGCCGAGCUAAUGUAUAAACAGUACAGUUUGGCUCCAUGGGAGCAUGUAUUGGCAAAGAUUGAAGAACACCGAGCAAACCUGGGGAAGUGGAUCGCACAGGAUGCUCUUGCCAGUGAGCUCACACGAAUCGUCCACGGAGAUGAAGGAUUGAGUACGGCUCAACGGUGUUCUAGAGCGCUCUUUCAAGGCUCAAUGGAGGAUGUUCGCUCUCUAAGCAGAGCUGAAUUGUUGUCGUUGUUUGGCAGCACAGUGAAAGUGGUGGUUUCGUAA